AUCACUGAUUCCGAUGGCAACUCUUAACCCGAAUGAGCCUCCUCCUCCUUACUACUCUGUCGCUGUGCACACCCAACCCCCCCUCAAGUCCUAUGAAGAGGUGGUGUACGGCGUGGGUCCGGGCCAGAUCCCCGCCAACCAGCCACAUUACAUUCCUCAGUAUGCACCACCUGUGGCUGCACCCCAAGUAACACAGUCAAGCUUGCCCCCUAGGAGCAGCAAGAGAGGGUGCUGUAAGAAUAAUGUCCAUUGUUACGGAGGGUCAUGUGCUGCCUUUAUCCUCGUCGCCCUGCUGUCUGUUGCCAUCUGGCUCGGAGUGCAAUAUGGCACCAGGGUGUUAUCCCAAGGGCUUAUCAACAACAAUGACCAGCAAAAUGAAGUGAUGGACGACAGCCCGGCUUUACUGAUAGACAGCUGCCCCAAUACUACCAUAGAGUGUGAUGGGGUCAGGGACUGUGAGCUGGGCUCUGAUGAAAUGGACUGCGUGAGGUUUUCGAGUAGAAAUAGACUGGAAGUCAGGACCUCCCAAGAUGGCCGCUUUCUUCCCAUCUGCUUCAACGGUUGGGACCAGGACAUUGCUGACCAGACGUGCGCCCAACUAGGGUUUAGAAUGUCUUAUAGCAACACAAAUAUCACAUCCCAGGACUCCCUUGGACUGAGAGUGACCAACAGAUUGUCCGACUCCCUCCAGGGCCAGGUUGAAGUCAGUUCCUCCUGUCCGGAUCAAAACACAGUCUCCCUGCAGUGCGUCGAGUGCGGCAAGCAGCAGUCUACAUCUCGCAUUGUAGGGGGCAGCAUUGCACAAAGGGGUCAGUGGCCGUGGCAGUUAUCGCUGCAGUUUCAAGGCUCCCACGUGUGCGGAGGAGUCCUGAUAGCUCCUGAUUUUGUGCUGACUGCUGCUCACUGCUUCCCGAGGAGCAACCCCUCGAUGCUUUCGCCACAGUUCUGGCGAGUGUACGCAGGCGCGCUGUCUCUGAACAAUCUACCUGAACCCUUCAUGGUGGAGAAGAUCAUCCUCAAUGAAAACUACGACGACAGGACCAACGAUCAAGACAUCGCUCUCCUCAAACUUGCAGCUGAGGUUAACUUUGAUGAUGAUGUUCACCCGGCAUGUCUGCCAGUUAAUGCACAGCAAUUCCUCCCUGGCACUGCUUGUUGGACUUCAGGCUUUGGUACCACUGAGGCAGGAUCUGGUGUAGUGUCCGAUGAUCUGAUGGAGGUAACUGUGGACCUCAUCGGUACGCAAGUGUGCAACAACCCUAGGGUGUAUGGAGGUGCAGUGACAGAGAACAUGGUCUGCGCCGGACACUUGGAGGGAGGAAGGGAUUCCUGUCAGGGUGACAGCGGUGGACCACUAGUGUGCCAGAUUGACGACGUGUGGUACCUGGUGGGCAUCACCAGCUGGGGGGCUGGAUGCGGUGAGAUCGACAAGCCGGGUGUUUAUACCAGGGUGAGCAGUCUUCUGCCUUGGAUCUACACCAACAUGCAGCACGUAAGGCCGUAAUGUCACGUGUUUACCUCCCAUUGAGCACUGCGCCGUGAAGCUGUCGUCAAGCAAACACGGAGGGCGCUCAAUGCAAAACCGAAGACUGACGGAUUAAAAGUGGUGGGGGACGAGGCGCCGCCACAGUACCUAACGUCAUGUUUUCAGCUGUGUGACUGUUUCAAAGAUGCACUGAUAACUUGUCUUGCAUUACUUCCUGGUUCUGCCACGUUUACAUUCAUGUAACACAAGCUUUCAAGAUGGCUGGCCGUCCUCUCGUUUGUUCUUCCACUCCAGUACAGUCGGUGGGAUUGCCCUCAAUGUACAGUGGAGCCUCUACAGUAGAAUGACCCUGACCAACUGAGAACGAAAGUGGGCUAAUGCCAUUUUGUCAUUAUUGCAGGAGAGUGAUUAAGUUUUGACUGCAAUCAAAUCUGGGGGCUUUAUCUUGGAUUUUUUUUAUGGCAAUGAUUACUUUGUCUGGAUACUUGUUUUUGAAGAAUAGUGGUUUUCCUCAGGUUUUGGCAUUGUGUAAAAUGUAAGAUAAACUGACACUAUCCACAACUGAGGUACUGUCUUCAGUUUCAUUGAUUGGAUCCUGGACAGUAUCAUCUCGGUAGCCAGAAAGAAAAGAAAAUUGGAUUAGAAACAAAAAUAGUGCAAUAAGACUCCAAGGCCAAACAUUGUUUCAUGCAAGAUUCUCACAUUCACUUACAGUACGCACUGGUACACAUGCUAAAGAAGUAGGCUCGCCUACUUUUUGAUUUGAUCAAUUUCUGAACCUGGCGGCACGGCGACGACUGGCUGGCACGGCUGCCUCACAGUUCUGAGUGACUGCGUUCAAAUCCGGCCUCCUGUGUGGAGUUUGCAUGUUCUCCCCGUGCCUGCGUGGGUUUUCUCCGGGUACUCCGGUUUCCUCCCACAUCCCAAAAAUAUGCAUCACCAGGUUAAUUAAAGAUUCUAAGUGUGACUGGUAGUUUAUAUGCACUGUGAUUGGCUGGCGUCCAGUUCAGGGUGUACACCACAUCUCUCCAGGAUUCAGCUGAACCUCCCUUUCUGGGAUGUUGGCCCAAUGUUGCAAUAAAUCUGGAAAAGUUCUGAGUGCAAUAAUGGACUGCCCCCUAUAUGUCCUGAAGUGGAAAGAAACUUUGAUUUAGACCAGUAUUCCUCUGAAAGAUGUGCCUUUUCUGUUUCUGGCUGCACUUAACUUAUGCAGUUAGCCCACUCUGGUUCUCAGCCCCUACCAAAAUAUCCAACAUUAUCCACCGUGUCUUGAGACCUCAGUACCGCGAGCACCAAAGAAAUAACCGGACAUGCUAUUUAAAGUCAGACUAUACAAUGGGCUUUCGGACUUGAAAGCAGUUUUAGUCUUUCAUUUUACUGCGUUUAACAACUUGGUCUUCUAAUAUGAGAUGUUCGAGGUACAACUGUGCGAAGGAGUGUUACGGUCGCGUCAUACUGAGAAUUGUGACAAAAAAUAUUUUAUGAUAGAAUAAAGUUGAAAUUUUACCUGGAGCUUAUGAGAGGAGCAUGUUGUUGCCUGCAUAAAACCUUGUCAGUAAAGGUUUAAUUAUAAUUUAAUAGUCUCUCAAUAGUCCUUUUGUGGUGGCACGGUAGAUGACUGGUUAGCACAUCUGCCUCACAGUUCUGAGGACUGGUUCAAAUCUGGUCUCACCUGUGUGGGGUUUGCAUGUUCUCCCCGUGCCUGCGUGGCUUUUCUGCCACAUCCCCAAAAAUGUGUGGAAUAUGACUUUCUCUUUCCAGUGUUCGGUACUCUUUCAUACAUCUCAAAUGAGGCGAUUCAAUCAGUGUGUUACCACUAAUAGUAUGUGAACGAAUCCCUGCCUAAGUACAGUUCUAUUUCAAAUUCAAGUUCAAUACGUUUGCAUUUAAUCUUUAACCUGUUUUUAAACUUGCAUCAAGGCGCAAUGUUACACCUCAAUAUGAAUCCACUUUUCAAUUAUUUCCUAUAGGAAGAAUACAUUUCUGAAUCCACUGUAGAGGUUCCGCUCGAAUAGAAUCAAUUAUAUGCCUUACUUCCGCACAUCUCAGACUUCAAAUGUUUAAACGACACUUUAAGGGUGUUUGUCCCCCACCCUCUAGAUGCACACUGACUUAUUGUAAGAAUGUUCCUGUUUUCCCUAUUUAUGACCACAAGUUGAUUGAUUUGAUGUGCAGAAUCAGUGCAUUGUCCAAAUAUGAAUAAAUAAAACUCGAACGGGGAAACAAAUGUCUGUGUGGCUGCUCACAUCAUAAUGAAGCUCU